UUUAGGACUAGUUAUUCCCCCUUGAGUGUUAAAAAUGUCGAUGUCUGGAUUGAGAUCGACGCGUGUCGUUGUAACCCGCUCGUUUGUAAAAUGUUGUUGCUGAGACCGGAGGUGUGUGUGUUUUAUCGGCAGAGUUUUUCCGACACGGGGGAAAUGUAUCCGAGUUCUCUUGCUCGCAUUUUUGUCGCAAACAAAGAAAACCCCUGGAGAAAAGCAUAAACGAGUGCAAUAGGACUGCAGGCUCAGGUGCCCCCACCUCAUGGAGAAGGUAGGCAAGGUGUGGAGCAACCUGAAGAGGGGAUGUCAGUCACUGCUCCACCAAGAUGGAAGUUCCCGUGUGGAAACGCAACCACAGACUCAUGCAUUUUGUCAGAGUAUGGACCAGACCCUGGAUGAGAGCACACCAGAGCUCGUCUGUCCUUCUAACAGUUUGUCGACAAACCCUGUAGUGUCAAGUAGGCUUAAUGCCAGUGUGGUACAUCGGGGACAUAACUGCGUGGCUGAUGUACCUCAGAUACUAGAAAUCACGGUUGAGCAGGACAAUGAAGAUACUCCUCUGGGUGCUCGCAGAGACUCUUAUUCACGUCACGCACCUUGGAGUGGCAAAAAGAGGCACUCGUGCUCCACCAAGGCGCAGAGUUCCUUGGAGAGCACAGACCGACGGAGUGGCCGCUCCCGCCGGAGACACCUAGCAAAUAGCAGCAAGGAUGAACCAGACCCAGGAGUACCACGUUCGCUGCGGCAGCAGCUCCAUGAAACAAUGGGCCUGUGCCUCCCUCUGCGUCUGUCAUCACGUGGCACCCACUCACGGGUGCCCAAGCGCAAAAUCCAGAUCACCGAGCUAAUGCUGGAUUCAUGCCCCUUUCCUCCAGGCUCUGAUCUCGCUCGUAAAUGGCACCUCAUCAAAGAGCAUACAGCCCCAGUAACAGCUACUGCAGUGGAUUGCUCUGUUGACACACCUAACGGUGCUCGUGCAUCUCCGGAGGAUGAGGAGGAACGUCUACGUGAACGACGUCGGCUCAGUAUAGAAGAGGGAGUGGAUCCACCACCUGAUGCUCAGAUACACACCAUAGAGGCUAUUACAGCUCCACUGACUACAGUCUACAAGCUGGGACCUAAACUAACUCCUGGGAUGGGAGAAGCCCUGGGUGAGAGUCGGGGAGCCACAGCGGCCGAAUGUGACUCUGAAGAUGACGACGCCACCACUCUUUGUUUGCAGGCUCGGCGUCCCAAGCAGCGCCAUAAUUCAGCAGAGGGCCUCCUGGGUAGCAAGCAGCCAGGGCCCUGGAAAGUGCACACUCAGAUUGACUACAUCCACUGUCUAGUGCCAGACUUGAAGCAUAUCACAGCUCUACCCUGCUACUGGGGUGUAAUGGACCGCUAUGAGGCUGAGGCACUGCUUGAUGGCCGGCCUGAAGGCACCUUCCUGCUGCGCGACUCUGCCCAGGAGGACUACCUGUUUUCUGUUAGUUUUCGCCGUUACGGUCGCUCAUUGCAUGCCCGUAUCGAACAGUGGAACCACAACUUUAGCUUUGAUGCCCACGACCCGUGUGUGUUCCAUGCAGCCACUGUCACGGCAUUGCUGGAGCACUACAAGGACCCCAGUGCCUGCAUGUUCUUCGAGCCUCUGCUCACGUUGCCCCUUCACCGGACUUUUCCGUUCGGCCUGCAGGGCCUGGCUCGGGCUGUCAUCUGCCGUGGGACCACCUAUGACGGCAUUGCAGCGCUACCUCUACCCCCAGCGCUGCAAGACUACCUCAGGGAGUAUCAUUACAAGCAGAGAGUGCGGGUGCGCUGGCUGGAGCGAGAGCUGCUCAAAUCCAAGUGAAUCACAGCACUAAUCCUAAUUAACUAAGUGGGGUUUCAGUGUGAGAUGGGUUUACACUGUGUGCCGAGCAACAGGGGGAUGAGGUGCUCAACUUGAAGAGCAGUCCAUUCGGCACUUUGCAAGAAAAGUUCUGAGGCGUUUUUAUUUUUUUAGAAGAUGAUUUUUGAGGUGAAGGGUAGUCAGUGAACCAGUCGGACAUGAAUCUGAAACCCAAUAUGUAUAAGCUUCUGGGUUUUUAUUGUUUGUUUCUUAUUACUCACAACAAAUGCAUAUACAGCUAAAUUAGCCUCCAGUAGACACAGCAAUCUGGACUGACACAGUUUGGGGGGGCUUUUUACCUUCUCAUCCCACAUCUCCCGGCCUCUUUUUACAUUGCUUUGAAGAAGAGAAGCAUACUUUUAACAAAUGCACUCGUACACCUCCACCCUCUCCCUGCUUAGCUACAGGCUUUUACUCUUUUCAGUACUUUUAUUCAUUUUCAUUUACUAACAUAUAAUUGCGCAGCCCUUCACCUCCAUAAUUGAAAAUGCAUUGGAAAUAAUAACAGACAACUUUCAAGGUCAUAUCAUUAACAAUUUUGGCAAGAUGGUGUGCCAUGAGCGGGGCUGUGAUCAAGUUAUGUUUACCUAUAAAUCUUUGCAUUCAUGGUGCUCUGUUAGCGGUCCCAAGGUUACAUUCUGUGCUCACCCUCUCGGUAAGAGUUGAGCAGGCAUUGAAGGGACUUUGUAUCUUUAGCAGUCACAGACAACAAGAGCUGGAAGUCUGUGAGAAAUGGACUUGGUUUCGUACAUCGUGUCCGGACUGCUGCUGUAGAAGGUUCGACAGAAGGUCUCCGUGACAUUCUGCUUCUUUUCACUUCCAAGAAGUGAUGUUGAUGACGAUGCAUAAUGUGGCUACAGUGUCAAUUGUGUUAUGUCAUGCGGGUGUGCCUGGUUUUCUAAAGACAUACAGUAAGUCUAUGUGUGAAAGUUCCAUUGCUAUCAAUAUGUUUUGUAAUCAUUGAUUCCUACCACUAAUUGCACAGGAAGUGGUGAUAAUUGUACUUUUUUUUCUCUUUUUUUUUUUUUAAUUCUGAAAUGGUCUGUCAGUGCCGUGGGAGAAGGGGUGUGUUAAAGGGCACUUAAAUGCAACUGUGCAUAUGUUAGGUGGAGCAGC